CCAGUAUGUUUGAUCGUGUUGAUUACAAUAAUUAUUGUCGAAAAACUUGUAAAAUAUUGUGUUGAUCUGACAAUAGUGGACCCCAAAUUGCUUUCUAUUUAGAAUAAAUAAUAAGUGGGAUAUAUGCAGGUGUAAUUAAUAGUAAAAAGCUAUAAAAUACAGAUUAUUUAAUAGGGAUAAACUUUAUAACGUUUUUGUAAUUUGCUAAAAAGAUUAUUAAAAUAAAAUAUUAUAAUUAUGUGAUAGCUAUUAUUUGGACUUAAAAGUAAUAGUGUUACAUUAGUAUAAUUAUAACACGAUUAUGAGUGCUUGUAUGGAGGCGGAAAUAAAAUUAUUUUGGGAAUACGUAAAACGUACAUUCCAUGCGGUUGACGAAUCUUUAUCGGUUGGAAUUAUUUUGUCCAUUAUUGCAACGAAAUGUUGAAAGAUAACUAGAAACAAGGGAUGCGUGAUGUACUCAUAAAAAUGUUGACAAUAUAUAAAGCCAGGACCAUCAGCAAACGACAUUAGUUCCUUUUGGGAAUCAGCUGAGGAUAGUAAACUAGAACUUUCAAGAUGUUCAAAGUAUCAUCAGUACUUUUGAUUAUAGCUAUUUCGGCCGAAUAUUUAAUCAAAGUUUCAAUGGCCGAAAUGUCUUCGUCCUAUGCUAUGCUAGAGAAACAUUCUAAUUUCAAACCAGAUUUGAAAACGGAACCAGUAUUUAAAAAAGAAGCCAGGUCUGAGCCUGAAAAACAUCCAGUUUAUAAAGGAGAUGAAUACAGAAAUGAAGGACGAGCUAGAAUAGAACCUGUGAAAGCAACAGGACCCGUUAUAAAACAUGAAAAGAUGUUAGCUGACCAACCAAUUGAAGUUAGUACCGAAGUGAACAGAAUCGAUAAUCUAGCCAUUCCUGGGUAUGCAUAUGUUGCAAAUCCAGUUGAAGUAGCUUAUCCUGAUAUUCCAUAUGCCCCUGGAUAUACAUAUGACACUGCGUACUCUGGAUCGCAUGGACAUGACAUGUAUGUAAACAGCCCAAGUAAUUAUUUAAUUGAGCCUGACACGACUGCAUUUGGGUUACUGUGGAGCCAAGUUCCUGAUUCUAGGACAAUCGUCAGUUACGUCGGUAGAACUCUGGCAUGGAUAUUUGGUAGUAUGUUCGCGGUGUUCCUUGGAUCACUCCUCACUGUUGGCAUUUGUUCUUACACUAAUCUCUGUGCUAUUACCUUUAAUGGAGUUGGGCCUAUUCAUGAAGAGAUGAGAGCACUUAUUUCCCCAGAGAGAUUGGAAAAGAUUAGUAAUGCUGCUGAUUUUGUCAAGACCGCUAUUGAUAAAUAUCAAAAGAUCCAGACGGUCGCUGAUGUAGCCGGCAAUAGAAGACGUCGCUCUGUUUAUUAUUAAUUCUCUUACAUUUUCAUAUUUUAUAUUUAGAUAUUAUUGUUUUAUAGUAUUAUAUUGAUAUUGCAUUUUUAUUGUAUAAUUUUUGUUUUAUAGUAUGUACGUAUAGAAUUAUUUAAUUUUGUAUCGAGUUG